GGUUUCCGUUGUACCUCUCGAUGAUGACUUUGGACUAGUCUUCUUGAUAUUCGUCUUUAACUCUGGGUGAUGGCUACCAGAUUAGUACUGGCGCUGCAGCGUUCAUUGUUUGACGUCUCUGAUUACAACAAAACUUUGAAAGAUAAUGCUCGAGACGCGUUCUGAGUUGAAGGGCAGCUGGAAGGGGCACGAGGCAUACCUCUCCAUAGCAUAUCAACAUGACUCCCAUGCGGUCGAGAAAUUGUGGCAACUCGAAGGUCGUCUAUUCGGUAUCACGCUCUGAUAAACGGUCCGGAAGUGUAUGCACUUUAUGUUCCUAGCUGGGACGCGGCCCACCGUGCCCAUCCUCCAUGGUUGAAGAUACGGUUGCCUAUCUAAAAGCCUUUCGAUGCCAGAUUGCUUCGGUACUCAGGUUUUCUCAGCCGUGAAAGCUUCUUGCUUUUGAUUCGUCUUCUCAACCCCGGCCUUGGCAGGCUUUGAGCUUUUCUCGUACUUCAAAUGGCGCUUCAACCCACUCCUGAGAACCCCAUUCCUUCCUUGGAACUUAUCACGGAAGGUGCUGUCAAUGAUAGGAAAGCGAAGACAAGAUCAAAUGCAGAACUGGACACCGCUGUGGUUGUUGCACCUGUGUCUAAAGAAGAGCCUAUCGUCACUCGGAGGGAACUUUGGAGCUACUACUUGUACUAUAAUGGUGACAAUGGUGUUGGUCCGAAUGGAUACUCCAUGACCCUCUUUCAGUCACUUGCCACUGCAGCAGGCUACGAUCCACUCAAAGGCCCCGGUUCAUCAUGCUUGGCACCGGACUCCUCAGGACGAUGUGUACUGCCCUGGGCAGGUGCAACUAAAGCAGUCAGCUCGGUUGUUCUGAUCGCAAAUGGUGUCAGUUUCGCCGUCAUGACUUUGAUUUUCACCACGAUUGGGUCGGCAGCAGAUUAUGGAACUUUUGGCCGCUGGUUACUUCUCGUUAUCACCGUCAUAUGUUGGGGAGCUCAGUUUGCGGGAAUGUCUCUAACUUCUCCGGAUCGAUGGGGAGUCUCUAUGGGUCUAUACAUGAUUGGUUUCAUCACCUAUGGUGCAACCUUAGUCUUCUAUGCAGCUCUCUUCCCUCGUCUUGCUCGUAACACUCCACACGCGCGACAGUUGCGAGAGAAAUACGAGAAUGGCGAAAUCCCUGCGGAGGUGUAUGAAACUGAGGAGAGUUUGGAGAAGAACAGAAUCAGUAACAUCAGUACAAUGCAUAGUAACAUCGGAUAUAUAAUCACCCUGGCUUUGAACUUGUCACUUCUGUUACCGAGAGCAAACGACCCUAAAGUUGACAAUUACGUCCUUGUGUUAACGACAGGAUACUGGGUUAUCACUGGUAUCUGGUGGUUUAUCUUCCAACAACCUCGACCUGGACCGUCACUUCCCAAGGGUGAACAUUAUCUGACAGUUGGAUGGAAGCAGAUAUGGCAAGCUCUCAAGCAAUACAAGAAACUCCCAUACACCUUCACCUAUUUGUUAGCGUUCUUCCUUCUUGCCGACGGCCUCAAUACGACUGGUACUCUCGUAUCCAUUUGUCAGAAUGACAAAUUCCAGUUCUCGUUCUUGUACAACACAUAUCUCGGACUAUCGCAAGCUGUCACUUCCACGAUAAGCACUCUCGGCUUCUGGUAUAUCCAAAAAUACUGGAAGAUUAGUACAAAGAAGAUGUUCGUUGUUACCAAUGUCGUCACCAUCAUGAUUCCUUUGUGGGGCAUGAUUGGGAUUUGGACGACCAAAUUUGGGUUCCAUAACGUUUGGGAGUUCUGGGCAUACAACGUCGUCUUUGGACUGUUCCAGGCACCGUACUACGCGUUCUCCCAAACUAUGAUGGCGGAGCUUUCGCCACCCGGAUUUGAUAACAUGUUUUUUGGUCUUUUUGGCCUUUCCAACCGCGCUUCGUCCAUGAUCGGACCCAACGUCAUUCAGGCCAUCAUUGAUAACACCGGUGAUAAUUGGAAAGGCUUUCCAUUCCUAUUCGCUCUCUGUACCGCCGCAAGUCUCGUCAUCUGGUUCAGUGUCGAUGUAACGAAAGGACGACGCGCGGCAGUGGCGUGGGCUGAGAAGAACCGCGGAUAUGCUCAGACGGGCAUGUUUGCCGAGGAAGUGUCCGUGGAUUCAAAGGAUUAUGGGAAGACAGAUUAAGAUAAGCAUGACAGAUGUCUGAUCUUGUGUCUUUGAUAUUUCCUCGGCUUUCAUUCUGUUCCUGCAUUCUGGCACUGUUAACGAGAUAUCAUGCUUUUACGACACUGUAUAGUCUUAACAGCAGGCAGGUAUCGCUGAAUGACUAUGUGUCUGUUGGCUUACCGUCGUUGCAGGAACUUUGGCCGGGGAGGGCUUACAGCGUGUAAUGAAUAUCAAAGCCUCUCUAUCGGAGAUGAGAUCGCAUCUCGUCAAUAUGUCGAUGUCCAACA